GACGUCCACGCGACGAGAUCUGUGCAGGCCGAUGAGGGUUCGGAGUUCUUUGAGGGCCAUGCGAGGUGGAUCCAACGGUGAAUGUCGCGAAAAAACGAUCAAUCGUAAGGAUACAACCCGAACCCCCGCGCGUGGGUCAACAUCCACCGCUUUCUCGUAGUACUGUUGGGAGGGUCGAAAGCACCGCUUCGGCGCUUUUCCUCUCGCUGUUGGAAAAUCCUCUCCCCUUCUUAAAGGGCUGGAGGCGGUGCUCGUCCAGUCGUCCUCCCUUUUGAAACAGAGAUGGCGCCCAGGGCUUCCCAGAAGCAGCGCCCUGCCGCCACGGACCCCGAAGGCAUGUUCCAUGGCAUGGUCGUGUUCCUUGUCCCCAAGGGCGUCCAGCCUCGAAGGCUUCAGAGCACAGUCGAUUCUCGGCCUGGUACAGUAGAAAUUCAGCAACCAUGGCUCCUGAAUUGCAAUCUGGUGAUACUAUGAAGAUGAUUGAAGAGGUGUGAAACAAGCAGUAGGGGAAAUCAGUUCACAACAACAAGCUCUCAUUGAAAAUAUGUUACAAUCAUACACACAGAAGCAAGAGCAAGCAAUCACUGCUCAAAACCAGAUAUGGAAACAGAAGUUGACCCAGAUGGGAGCUUUGGUUGAGGAUAGUUUUUCAAAGAGGGUUACUCAUGUUCUCUCUAUGAACUCAAAUGCACUCCUCCAACAAGUAAAUCAUGAACACUUGCAAUGUUUUAAGGCGAAUUUACUUCAAUAUCAAUGGUUGGAAAACUGUUUAAAAUCCGGGGAGAAAGUACCUGAAGGUCCAUAUGCUCUAAAUUUUGAAGAGAUCAAUAAAUCAGAUGAAAAUUCAGGCAAGGAAUGUUCUGAAUCAGCUGAAGUGAGACAUUGUGAUGAUGGACCAUCAUAUAGCAAGAGGUUAAAAAUUUCAUCUGAGGAAUCUAAAGCUGCAGACCCUGCAAGCAAGCAGGAUCAUCAGCUAAUGGGUAAACAAGGUGAAUUAACUUCAGAUCAUCAAUAUAUGCGCAUGCAUGUUGGAGAUGAGGCUUUGACAACUGAAAAAGGACCAAAGCCGCAUGUCAUCAACCACAAUAGCUGCGAGGUUGUCCAUCCUAGCACAAAUGCUCCUCAUGCAACAAAGGAUGGGGCUGGUGUUUCUCAGUUAUCCUCUCUUUACAAUCCACCGGAUUUUAAUAAGAACAUUACUGAAAUAUUUGGGAAGCUUAUCAAUAUCUAUAGAGCAUUAGGAGAUGAACGUAGGUCAUUCAGCUAUUACAAAGCCAUUCUGAUGCUUGAGAAAUUACCCUUUAAAAUUGAAAGUGCUGAUCAGGUCAAAGACCUUCCAACAAUUGGGAAAUCAUUGCAGGAUCAUAUUCAGGAAAUAGUGACCACGGGAAAGUUAUCUAAAUUGGAGUAUUUUGAGAAGGAUGAAAAGGUGCGGACUGUAACUCUUUUUGGUGAAGUUUGGGGUAUUGGUCCUGCAACUGCUCGAAAGUUAUAUGAAAAAGGAUACCGUACACACGAUGAUCUAAAAAAUGAUGACUCUUUAACAAAUUCUCAGAGGCUGGGACUAAAGUAUUUUGAUGACAUUAAGAAAAAGAUUCCACGGCAUGAGGUUAGAGAUAUGGAAGUGCUUUUACAAAAAGCUGGAGAAGAUGUUUUACCUGGGGUAAUUGUUGUUUGUGGGGGAUCAUAUAGGCGUGGAAAAGCUUCUAGUGGGGACCUAGACAUCAUCAUAACACAUCCUGAUGGGGUAAGCCAUGUAGGCUUUUUACCUAAGUAUGUUCAAUAUUUGAAGGAUAUCAACUUUUUGAAGGAGGACCUUGUUUUCAGCAUGCAUAGCACUGAGGGAACUGAUUCUGGGGUUGAUACAUACUUUGGUCUUUGUUCCUAUCCUGGUCGAGAGCAGAGACAUCGGAUUGAUAUCAAGGUAUACCCAAGGAGCAUAUAUGCCUUCGGAUUGAUAGCAUGGACCGGGAAUGAUGUACUAAAUAGGCGGUUGAGAUUAUUAGCGGAAUCCAAAGGAUAUAGACUGGAUGAUACAGGGCUGUAUCUGGCCACUCAGUGCUCUGCUGGGAAACGGGGAAUGAAGUCGAGCACAAGCAUGAAUUGUAGAACGGAAAAGGCGGUAUUUGACAUACUUGGUUUUCCUUGGCUGGAACCUCAUGAGAGGAAUCUGUAAAGAGUACUAUAAAACUUGUGUACAUGUGUGCAGUAGUUACAAUGCAAGACUAAUCAUGUAAACCAACUCGUGUUAAGAAUCACAGACCCUGCAAAUAUUUUAUACCACAGAUACGCAAAA